AUUAUCAGCUGCUAUCUACCGAGAAAUUGAGCUUAAAAAUAGUUUCGUUAUUUUUAGCAAUUCAUUGUUUAGAAAUAUCUAGUAGCUCGCUGGCAUCAAAUUGAUAUGUAAUAAGCUCAAUGACGAUUUCUAAUAGCUAAUUCAAAUGGUUGAAUUGAAAGAUAACAGGAAUGUCAGAUAAGUGAGAUAGAAUGAUAGAUAAGACUUGAAUAAUAAAUGUGUACUUACCUAACCGACGAGGUAUAAAAGCGGAACCCCACCGAUGAAAAAUCCGCAGUGUCGAUCAACCCGCGAUUCGGUCAGUAUCAUGUCCCAGGAAAGCAAUAGAAACACACAAGUGGUGCCCGCUUGGCUCACUCGCGACUACGUGGAGCAGAAGCUGCGUUCCUACUUCAAGAAUGACACCCUCCGCCUGGUGAACCUGGACAUCAAGCUGGCCCUUGGCAACGGGGAGAACUACUCCAGCGUGAUAACGCGCAUCUAUAUGGAAUAUACGACGGAUAAGUCAAAGGAUAAGCAAUCCACCAGAUUCCUGGUGAAAGAGAGUUUCGCCGACGCAGGUCCGGCGGCGCAGGUUCUCCUGAGCUACGGAGUGUACAACAGGGAAUUGGACCUGUAUGAGCGAAUCCUGCCCCAGAUGGCGGAUGUGGUGCGAACUGAGCUGGCAGACUCCCGGAAACUAUUUGCCGGCACUGUUUAUGUUGAUCGGAAACGAGACUCGAUCAUCUUCGAGGAUAUGUCGCUGGAGAAUUACAGAGUGGCCGAUCGGCUCAAGAAACUGGAUCUGAAGCACACGCAUCUGGUGCUCGAAAAGCUGGCCAACUUCCAUGCAGCCGGAGCAGCCUUGGCCGAGCGACAGCCUGGAAUCUUUGCGAAGAAUUUCGAUCGUGGAUUCUUUAACCAGCAUACCCGCGGCUACGAACCCAUUAUGAAGAAUCUUCUGAUGGCUUUGUCCCGCUCCCUGGAGCUGGAGCCGGAUCUGCGCCAGCGUUACCAGGCGAAGAUCGAUCGACUGGUGGAGAACGUAAUGGAGUAUGGAGAACGAUCGACGACUAUUGUUCCCGGUGACUUUUUGACCUUGGCUCACGGCGAUCUCUGGACCACCAAUAUUAUGUUCCAAUACGACGACGCAGGACAUCCCAUAAAUGCCAUCUUUAUUGACUUUCAGUUCAGUGCUUGGAACUCGCCGGCCAUCGAUCUGCACUACUUCUUUUCAACGGCCUUGCAGGCCGAUAUUCGACUGAAGAAACAGCCAGAGCUGGUCCAGUUCUACUAUUACAAACUGAAGGCAGCUUUGAAGAAAGUCCAGUAUACCGGAAAUGUGCCGAGCCUAUUCGUCUUCCAUCAGCAGUUCAGGAACAGAUCCUUCUAUGCUGCCUUCGCAUCCCUGAUCUUCGAGCCAACGAUGACGUACACGGGCAAGGAAGAGGCAUCAAUGGAUCAGAUAAUAUCCCUUUCGGAGAAGGGAAUGCGCUUUAAGGAUGACGCAUUUCAGGCGGAGGAAAUCAGGAAAAAGAUGCGUCUCACUUUGCCCUUCCUUGAUCAUUUGGGAUUACUAGACGUGAUGUAAAGUUAAAAUAGUAAUAUUAUCGUAUUUGUAGAUUUUAUACUGGCUUAAAUAAAUUUAUAUAUUAAAAUGUAUGUAUUUGUAUUUAAAUACAAAAUAAAUUCGAUUACUUCACCUGCUAUUGCUUACUUUU